UACACACGUAUGAUCUCUAUCCCGUUUGUGAUUGACGUUUUUAUUCAACUAAACGUUUGCUAAAGGCAGACUAAAGGUAAAGGAUAAUGGGUUAAAUUAUUGACAUUUAGGUAGGAAUAUAUCCAACAUGAAAUUAUUAUUAAAUAAAAUAAUAAACCUCGAAGAAAUUUCAGUAAAAUUAUAAGGAUACUUGAUAUAUGUCACGAAAACGUAAAUCGUAGAUAGAGUUAAAUUUAGAGUUUAUAUUUCUGUUUUGCCUGUGUAACACAACGUAAGGACGAGAAGAAAGAGAAAAGAAGGAGAAGAGAGAGAUAGAAUAAAAGAUAGGAUAAACGAGAAGGGGUUUAAAAAAGAUGGCCGUCGCGGAACAUAUGACAAUGAACGGCGGACGACUGUCACGGCAGAAAAAAAGCUUGACGGAAGGUGUUUCGCGGUACCGUUGAUUUUCGUGUUCACGUAAAGUGUUGUGAUAUUUUAACUAGGGGAUCGUGGCUACAAAAGUCAGUGAUCCUGUGAGCAAAGGAGCCAUGACUACGUGUAGAGGUAGAGAAUGGGCUCGAUUGCAUCGGUGCUGCAGUGGCAUUGCUCGGAGUGCGCUCUGAUAAAUCCAACAGAGAGCACGCGAUGCACCAGGUGCGGCCUAACUCGACUUAGAAGCGAUGAGAAGGCAAACUUCAGGCUCAACCUAAACUUUGGGUCUGAAGAAAAUCCAGAACAAGAAGGAGACGGAACGAAAAGAAAGAAGAGGGAAGCUGAUUCAUUCUCGGUAUCCGUCCCGCCAACACCUCUACCAAGGCUUCGUCUAGAUAACCUAAGAGUGGACGACACACGUCCGACAACUCGUCAACACAUCGAAACUAAUUUCACACAUUCACACUGCUUUGAGGAGAAUUUAAUUGCACGCAAUAAUUGUUCAAAGAAGUUACAUCAUGAUUCUUGGAAUGAAAGGUCCUGUAAAAAAGAGCCAAUUGAACGAUCUUCUUCUUUACCUUCCUUAGUAACACAAUGGACUUGUGUUCGUUGUUUAUUGAAGAAUAAUUGCAGUUCUGCAUUAACUUGUGCAGCUUGCGAUGCUAACUUUUCACUAUUUGAAACUGGCAAAAGGCAAAUUGGAGCACGUAAAGGCAAAAAGUUAAAUAUACAUAAAAUAAGUCGUGUCAAAGAUGCAUCUAAGCUCUUAGCAAAUACUUUGAAUGGUUCUAAUGCUACAAGUACUUCUACAAGCAAUGCAAGGAUUAUUAGUAAGGACAUGGCACAGUUAACAAGUAUAACUCGUAAUGAAAGGAGACAAAUUGAUAGAGAAAAUUGGACCUUACCACCGAUAGAAACCAUGGAUUCAACUACAUUUUCUUACACAAAUACUAACAAUGGCUCAGAGCGUUCACCAAAAAGACACAGUCCCUCGAUAUAUGAGAGAGUUAAAUCUAAAGUUAGUCGCUCCUUAUCUAAUGGUUCUGUGGUGCAUAAAUUAUCUGAACAAGCUAUACAAAGGCCAACAAGUCUAGUAGUUUCAGAAGCACGACAGGAUGAUGCACUUUGGAGUUGUGAUAAUUGCACUCUUGAUAAUGCUCCUGGCCUAGAACAGUGCGAAGCUUGCGAAGCCCCUAGAAGUCCAGCACCUUGUAGCGGAGUAGUUAUCAGCGUACCCACUUGGGAACCUCGUGCUUUAUCUUCAGCAGGUCCACUGUCUUAUAGGCGAUCUUUUUCUGACAUUGAAUCUGUUACAAAUGUAUCUCAAAAGAAAAUAGCCAAUAGAAGAAGUCUUAACGAAGAUGAACCACCUGCGGUACCACCACAUUCUGCUAGUUUCAGUACAAGACCAAAAUACUCGUAUAUCGGAAUUACUGGCCCAGAUAUACCACCACCAUUGCCAAAGAAACAAAAUACUAAAUUAGGUCUAGUACCUAUUAAAGCCCAUAGCGAGGCAACAAGUCCUGUUGGAGAUGUGUCAGGUGUAAGUUCCUUGAAACGUAUGUGGACUUGUCAAAAGUGUUCUUACGCAUAUAAUCCACUAUGGUCAACUGGAUGUGAUAUAUGCGGAUCAUUUCGAUCUCCUCCUUCAUUAACUCAGCGUAAUUUAAUAACUGUUACGAAAGAUGGAACAAGCUGUUCGAUGCAUACUCAGUCUCCAAUAGUAGUAUCUAGAGAUAGCGUAAGAUAUAUUCCACAAAAAACUGCUACAUUGGCUAUGGCAGAGUCUGAUUUAGAUGAUCAAGUUGACCUACCUUCUCCAGUAUGGACUUGUAAAAAGUGCACAUUAUUAAACGCUGCUUCGAGAACUACUUGCGAAGCGUGCGGUGGUUCAAAAUUAAGAAGUAUUAUGCAUUUAGAAGACGCUACAUUACGAAAAGGAGAAAGCUGGGUGUGCUCAUCGUGUACAUUAAGAAAUCCAUUGUCAGCACAAACUUGUAACGCUUGUAAGACAGUAGCAGAUUUUCUAGAUGUACCAAAAGAGACCAGAAGUUUUGGAUCGAGAAGUCCAAGUCCAAGACUCUGUCCAACUGCUAUAAAUUCGAAAGUUGUUACACCAAGGCAUAGAAAUUCUAUAAGAAGAAAUGGUUCUUCGGUCGGCGAUAAAAGGCAUACAAGAGUAAAAGAUUCUACUCAUGGUCAAUGGCAGUGUAAGUUGUGCACAUAUGAAAAUAAGAGUACAAAUGGAAUAUGUGAAAUGUGCCAAAUUUCAAAGACCUUGUCUCAAAUAUCGGGUGAUAAGCCUAGAAUUAUUGAAUCUGGCACAAAUACUCUUACAAUACAAAGACAGGAAAGUGUCGUGAUGGAAAAUUUAAGGCAAAUCGAAGAAAGAGAAGCAUUGGAGAAGUGGGAACGAAUUGUCCGUUAUUGUAAAGAGACAAAUGAACCUUUCGUCGACGAUUCAUUUCCACCAGCUCCAAAAUCUUUAUAUUAUAAUCCAGCUGAAACGAAGGAUAACCAUGUUGUUCAAUGGAGGAGGCCUCAUCAAAUCAAUGUUGAUUCUACCGUUGACUCCAAACUCCCAUGGGCUGUUUUUAGAACACCUUUACCUUCUGAUAUUUCACAAGGAGUAUUAGGAAACUGUUGGUUACUCUCGGCUUUAGCUGUUUUAGCUGAAAGCGACGAACUUGUAAAAAGAGUUCUGGUAAUGAGAGAAACUUGUCCCGAAGGAGCCUAUCAAGUACGAUUGUGCAAAGAUGGAAAAUGGACUACCGUACUUGUCGAUGAUUUGUUACCCUGUGAUAAAAGAGGCCACUUAGUGUAUUCUCAGGCAAAAAGAAAGCAAUUGUGGGUGCCAUUAAUCGAAAAAGCGGUGGCAAAAAUUCAUGGUUGCUACGAAGCGUUAGUGUCUGGGCGUGCUAUAGAAGGUUUAGCAACACUUACAGGCGCCCCGUGCGAGAGCGUGCCUUUGCAACCAUCUGCUUUGCCAAGCGAAGAUGAACUCGAUAAGGAUUUAAUAUGGGCGCAACUUUUAUCUUCUAGACAAGCUAUGUUUUUAAUGGGUGCUAGUUGCGGAGGUGGCAACAUGAAAGUCGACGAGGAAGAAUAUCAGCGUAAAGGAUUGAGACCAAGGCAUGCGUACUCUGUUCUCGAUGUGCGAGAUGUACAGGGAAUACGAUUGUUGAGACUUCGAAAUCCUUGGGGUCAUUACAGUUGGAAAGGUGAUUGGUCCGACGACAGUCCUAUAUGGACGCUUCAAUUGCGUGAAAUGUUGAUGCCACAUGGUGCAUCCGAUGGCGUGUUUUGGAUUUCUUUCGAUGAUGUCUUAAAAUAUUUUGAUUGCAUUGACAUUUGUAAAACUAGAGUUGGAUGGAGCGAAGUUAGAUUACGCGGUACUCUUCCUCCUUUAUCUUCUCUCAGACAUUUAUCUUGUGUACUUUUAACAGUGCUUGAGCCUACUGAAACAGAAUUCACGUUAUUCCAAGAAGGACAGAGGAAUUCUGAAAAAUCACAACGUUCCCAGUUAGAUUUAUGCGUAGUUGUGUUUCGUACACGUUCUCCGGCAGCACCAGAAGUGGGAAGGCUAGUAGAACAUAGUAAACGACAAGUACGCGGAUUUGUUGGGUGUCACAAAAUGCUAGAAAGGGAUUUGUACAUCGUCGUAUGUUUGGCUUUCAAUCACUGGCAUACAGGAAUGGAGGAUACUUCCAGCUAUCCCGAAUACGUUCUUGCUAUUCAUAGCUCGAAAAGACUUCUAGUUGAACAAAUUUCUCCACCUGCGUUCGUCUUAGCCGAUGCCAUCAUAAGUUUGACUCUAGCGAAAGGACAACGGCACGAAGGAAGAGAGGGAAUGACUGCUUAUUAUUUAACUAAAGGUUGGGCCGGGCUUGUGGUAAUGGUCGAAAAUCGUCAUGUAAAUAAGUGGAUUCAUGUAAAAUGUGACUGCCAUGAAAGCUAUAACGUCGUGUCCACUAGAGGACAACUCAGAACUGCCGAUAGUGUCCCCCCACUUCACAGACAAGUCAUCAUAGUGUUAACACAGUUGGAAGGUAGUGGUGGAUUCUCAAUAGCACAUCGACUUACGCACAGACUAGCUAACAGUGGAAACUUACAUGACUGGGGUCCGCCAGAUACUCAGCACUGUCCUCAAAUUGACACUCAAGUUGAAGGUUUACAUAGUCCUCGUUUAAUCACGUGAACAAACAAGUUUUAUGUACAGUUUACAAAAAGAUGAACAGUGUGCAAGAACAGUGUUUAUUAAGUAAGAGAGUUUAUUGUAUACUCGUGGUAUUCAAAAAUUUGCUAAAACCAAAGCAAGCUAGAAAGAUUAGUACAACAUAAAUCAUACCGAAAUCAUAAUAUUCUUGACGCUUUCUAGCUGUUCAUACCGUAUGAAAAAUUUUUAGCGUCAAGACAAGCUCACUAAUGAACACAAUACAAUAAUUAACAAUUAAUAUGCAAUGAUUACGAGAUCAGUGGUUAAGGACACUUUUUGUUAAUUAGGUAGUAAUUAUUCGUUGUACCAUUGAAAACGGAUAUACUUUAAACAUUUUGUGCAAAUUAAAAAUCUCCAUGAGAACCAUUGAUCUAUAAAGAAGACUUAAAAAGAAAAAUUAAAUAUUUAUAAAGGAACAAAUUAAACACAUUGCUUGUUAUAUACAAAAAAUUAUUUUCUCAACUUAACAUUUAAGCCUCAUAAGACAUGACAAAGCGUAAAGAUUAUACAGUAAUGUGUAAAAUGAAAUAAGUAACAGCCAUUAAUAAUAUUAUAGUAAACAUAUACACACUUUUCGGAAUUGCUUAGAAUAUGAUAAAAUUAUAGAUAAAAAUGUUACCAAUUUUUUCGAUUUAAAUCGCUCCUAUUUUCGAAUUACGUAAGACCACAUUUGGAACCUACAUGUAAAAACCACAUGUACAUGUACAUUAUGCAUGACAAGCAAAUAUUAUUCAGAUCACUUCGACAAGUAUUUUGAAUACCGAUUGCAUUACGAAAUGUUUGUUCAACUUAGCUUUUACUUUCUCCAUGUCGCAACUUGAUAAAGUGCUUAUGUAUUAUAAAUUGAUGUAGCGCGUGACUACAGAACCAAAGAUCUCUCUUGAAGGUUUUAUAAUAAAUUAACUCGUUCACUGCCAAUAUUUAUGCAAUAUUCAUUUGACACAAUUGCUGUUGUAUAUUUUUGUAGUAAAUCAUUCACAAAGUUAUAUAUAUUAAUCUAUAAUUGUUACAAUACUUUAUAUUUAGUUAACUUGUGGUUAGACUGUGAAUUCUAUGCAUUUAGGGUAUAUACAUAUAAAUGUGCAAAAUGUAAUAAAGUAAAAACUGUACUAUACACAUUAAGUUUUUUAUAUUGCAAACCUAUUAAAGUCCUUGACGGAAAAAAUCAAUCUAUAUUCCAUUCAUCAAUUUAUAAUCCAUUGUAGUAGUAGCUGAAGUUCUCGCGAAUUUCUCGGCUACCAAAGCCCGAGAGAGAGAGAGAGAGAGAGAGAGAGAGAGAGAGAGAGAGAGAGAGAGAGAGAGCGGUGAUAACGUGCAAAAUAAGCAGUUGUUCAGAAUCAUGCUUUUGGUAACAUAUUUUAAGAUAUCCAAAUUUAUUUUACAUUUCAGACUUAUUCUACAAGUCACAGAGAGCGUGAACUUUCCGAAUUUUUCUUACUACGUGACAGUGAUAAUUUUAAGAAAAACGCUGUUCAUCCUUAUUUUAGAACGUCCGAAGAAUAUUUAGUCAUUUUUCGGACCCGAAAUAAUAAGUAGUGUUAACCAUGACAGCCGUUUGAAUUUUCUGGAGUACAUGACACCUCGUGUAUGCCAUAUGAAAUUUGUAUGCGGUGUGUACAGCAAAGAUUAACAAUAAAUAACCCCGUCGAAGUA